UUAGUCACAUACGACAUGAGUGACGUAGCUUAAAAGUGGCUGGCACCCUGAGCAAUUUUAAUUGGAAAACAACAGUUGUAUUUUGCAAGUUUAAAGAUAACAGUGUACUAAUAUUAAAAUUGUUUACGAAAUGGAAACUUCAAAAAAAAUAACUGUAAAAUGGAAUGGAACAGAAUAUGUGAUCAAUGAUUUACAAAACAGUGAUACACUUCAAAUACUAAAAGCAAGAAUUUAUGAAGAAACUGGGGUUAGACCUGAUAGACAAAAGCUAUUAAAUUUGAAAUGCAAAGAUGAUGAGCAGACAAUAGAAAAAUUAAAUAUGAAACCAGGAUUUAAAAUCAUGAUGAUGGGUUCAAGGGAAGAAGAUAUUGCUGAAGCAAGUAAAGCACCUGAAAAUAUGAAAGAAGUGAUUAAUGACUUAGAUACUGAACAGGAAGAAGAAGUAGAGUUAGAAAAUAUGGAAGUUCAUUUAGAUAAAAUAAAGAAGCGGAUAGAGACUUACAAAGUAGAGGUUUUAAAUCCUCCAAGAGAAAACAAGAAAUUAUUAGUUCUUGAUAUUGAUUAUACUCUUUUUGAUCAUAGAUCCGUGGCAUCUAGUGGUAUUGAAUUAAUGCGUCCUUAUCUUCAUGAAUUUCUUACAAGGGCUUACAAACAUUAUGAUAUUGUGAUAUGGUCAGCUACAAGUAUGAAAUGGAUAAACGAAAAAAUGAAGUUAUUAGGAGUAACUGAUAAUCCAAAUUAUAAAAUAGCAUUUCAUUUAGAUUGUCAAGCAAUGAUUUCAGUAUACAGUAAAGAACGUGGUCUCAUUGAUGUGAAACCUCUUGGAGUAAUUUGGGGAAAAUUUCCGGCAUAUUCUCCUAGAAAUACCAUUAUGUUUGAUGAUAUACGUAAAAAUUUUAUUAUGAAUCCUGGUUCUGGAUUAAAAAUAAAAGCAUUCAGAGAAGCGCAUUUAAAUCGUGAUAAAGACACCGAAUUAUUAAAACUUGCUCAUUAUUUGGAACAAAUAGCUGAUGUUGAUGAUUUUCAAACGCUUGAUCAUCGAAAGUGGCAAGAUUAUAAAAAAAAAUGAUAACUUGAUUAUGUUUUUUUUUAUAAGAGACAAUAGUCAAAAAAAGAGUAUUGUAUUCAACUCGUAAUUUUAAAAACAUACUAUUUCUAAUAAACUACUAUAGGUAGAAUUAAUUGAAUUUUGAAACUAGCUAUAAGU